CGGGAAUUCUCGCGAGCGGAAUUGAAUCAUGGCGGGGUGUAAAUUCCUCGUUUCACGUGCAACCGUACCCGUUUGGAUGAUAUAAAUUUGGAAUAUUGUGUAAAUUUUGUCAAAGAAAACUCCUGAUUUUUCCCCAGGUAUGGAGACCUAGAGAGGAAUCAUGCCUGGACGGUCAACAUCCUCUCGUGCCAGUCGGUCAGUGCGGUCAUCUAGACCCUCCACAGCAUCGUCCAAGAGACCACACAAGAGACCGCCCCUCCCGAUGCCGGUCAACAACAAAACCUGGCCCAAAUCAUUUGGCUUCACAAUUGGGGGUGACGCCCCUACCUAUAUUCUCUCCGUGGAGCCGAACAGCCAUGCCCAUGCAGCCGGGCUCCAACCUGGAGACCAACUUGUGGAACUCAAUAACCAAAGCAUCCUCCACUUGGGUGCAGAGUCCAUCAUGACACUCGCCAGACGAUGUCCGGAAGUGCCUCCGAGCAUCGUCGUCGUGUCCUGCGUGAAGACGUGUGAACUCUACCGCGAUCGCAAUGGCCACUUUGGCUUGACUCUCAUAGGGGGCGGUCCGGUGUACGUGGAGGUCGUCGAGCGCGGUGGUCCUGCGAUGAACUGUGGGUUGAAAGCAGGAGACAUGGUGUUAGAAAUCAACGGACUUCCCAUCAAGCAUUCUGAUGAUGCUAAGUUGUUUGUAAGGGGAGCGGCCAGAUUGAAGAUGGUCAUCAUUCCUGGUGCGGGACACCAAUCAGUCAAGAAGAUUGCCCAAAGGUUUGAAGCUCAUGCUCAGGACAGGAAAAAUAAAGCAGAUGGAUUCUUCAGAAAGCUUGAUGCAGUGUUUUACAAUGACCAAUUGAAGAAGGAGACAUUGCUGGCCUUACUCAAGCGAUAUGCAAAGGAUAAGAAAGUGGAUGCCUUUGGUAGAGCCCUGGCAGGUCUGCUGGAUACACCUACAGAGAAGAAACUCUUUGAAGAUAUCAGGAUCUUUGUUCCACCCAAACACAGAGAUAGAUUUGAUUUCCUGGUGACCAAGGAUGAACCUGCCAGAGGAAAGAGGAUUGUGACAGUAAACCGAGCUGGAGGCUCUUUUGGUUUCGUAUUAGCUGGUGAUAUCCCUGUCAUCAUAGAGACCAUAGAUAGAGGUGGAGCAGCCGAGAGGGCGGGGCUGCGGACAGGGGACAGGAUCAUGAGACUCAACGGUCUCAACGUCCGGAAGAAGACCCACGAUGAGCUGGUAGAGCUCCUCAAGGGGAGCGGAUCUACACCCACUCUGGUGGUAGAAACCGGUCCCAUUAUUCCCUCCUCGGCUAACUCGAUGGCGAGUGCCAGUAUGGUGUCCAGCAGUGUCCUGAGCACCACACAGACCAGUGACGUCACAUCCAUUGCAGGAUGGUUGUCCGAAUCAGGGACCAGUCGAGCCACGACAACCGUCUACGAUGGUGACAGUAUUAUCGGCCUCAAGCCCCUGUCCAAGAUGGAUCUGUACUCACUCGGUCGAACGUUCAAGGAAAUGAUGGAGCAUCAUCUUACACCCGAUGAGAGAAAAGUGAUCAAGAAAUGCCUCAGAGACUACCAUCAUACAAGAAACAUUGAUGGGUUGAUCGUAGAGAUCUUCCCGAUCUUGGACACGAACGCCAAGAGGACGAUCUGGCCUUACAUCAUCCACAUCCUCCCCGAUGAGGUCCAGGAGAAGUGCAAGAAGAAGGUCAUCUAUCUCAUCGAUAGACAUGCUGCAGAUGCUGUUUACAAGCCGAAGGGUAGUCCCCUGCACCCUGAUGAAGAGGUCCCAUUCAGGGCCAAGUCAAGGAACCAUAGUAGGGCUGCAAGCUAUGACAUCACACCCUCGUAUGGUGAUGUGGUGUUUGGCGCCCCCGGCGAGUUUGAACCAGGAGAAGCAGCUUACAUGUUUCAGCAGGAGCGGCGGAGAAGGAUGCGCCGGCAUCGCUCACUCGGCCAUCUUGGUUAUUCCGGUGAGCCGCAGUUGAUCAGCAAACGAUGGAUGGAUCCUUCUUACGAUGGGAAUUACCCACCUGCUAUGGUCAGCUCAGUUGAUGAUUACGAGAUGCUGAGACAGCGGAGUAGGGGGUCAGUGGAUGGUUCGAUGAUGGGAGACGAUAGGGGCACGUUCCCACGGAGGAUGCGGCAGCGGCAUCGGAGCCAGCCGGACCUCCGCAGGUUCAUCGACGAAAAUGACGAUGACGAUUCGGACAUAUUCCCCAUACCGCGGAGAAUGGAUAGAAGAUUUGAAGAUUUUGAUGAUGACGACGAUCUGGUGCCGGAUGAGCGCUUGUUUUAUCCUCGCAACAGAUCCUCUUCUCACCAACAGCGCCCUCUAGGGGAACAGUUCAACACCUUUCACUCCCUCCCCUCCGGCCGUAGACGAUCCCAGCUCUCUCAGGAGACUUUUUUAUCUAAUGCGGGGGGCUUUGAGCACAGGGAAAUGGGUUCAUUCGUGAGGAACCCAUUGGCAGUUGUUGCUGACCUCGUGUCAGACGAAGAGGGCGCGGCCGCGUCCAUUCGCAGCAGCCAAUCCCGGUCAAGAUCCGUGCCAAGGUCCUCCAGGUCAACCCAACAAAAUGGCCACCGCACUCCACACAACGAGAGUGUCAACAACAACAAUAAUUCACGAAACAACGGGAAGUCUUCCCCGCCCAUGUCCACAUCCGGUGGCGGCUUCGCCUAUUCCACUCCGCUGACCAACCGGAGGGGGUCAGACGAGAUAGGGAGCUUGGAUGCUUACCAGGACGGCAGGCAGCGCUCCCACUCCAGAAAUCGGCAGCAUCAUCAACAAGACAAUAACUGGUCCUUUCCAGAUGUGCAGACAAUACCGAAUUCCAGCCCUGGUGAACGCAACCACUCAAACCGCAGUUCCAUAAGCCACGCCCCCAGCCCGCCCCUCUCAGAGAAGAGCAUCCAGGAGCGUAUGGAUGAGCUGAUAAGAAGCACCCAUGAGAGUCAGCCACGCCCUGUCCCGCCCCCUGUCAUGCCCCUCCCCCAGGAAGAACACAAUGGAUCGCUGGAGUCUACCAUGAUCAAUGGCGAUGAUGAGGAAGAAGAAGUUGGCUCAUCCUCACAUGGAAGCAUGGAAGGCCAAUACCCCAUCUCCAUGGUACCUCCGCCCCCACCCCCACCACCCCCUCCCCCCGUCCCUCCUCCUCCCCCUCCCAUACCGGGGGAGAUGAAUAACAACUGGUCGAGUGAAGCCAAGAUGUCCGUCAAGAGGCUCAAUUGGGAGAAGCUGCAGGAUACAGAGAACACCGUCUGGAGCGGGCUUGGUGACGAGGUGGGCUACUUUGAUGAUGUCAUCAAGCACCUUGAGCUCGAGGAAAAGUUCAGUACAGUCAGCAAGGGCAAAGAUGGAAAACCUGGAAAAGGAGGUAAGCUAGGCUUGUCCACCCCCAGAGACAGGAAGAACCAGAUAUUUGUAAUCAACCACAAGAAAGCCCACAACACAGCCAUCUUGCUUGGUCACCUACGGACACCUGUCGAAGAGCUAAAGAAAGAUAUUCUUACCAUGCAAUGUAGACGACUCUCUGUAGCUCACAUCCAACAGCUUGCUCAGUAUGCCCCUGACACUGAUGAGGUUGACAGCUUAGCACGUUACGCUGGCCAGACAUCACAGCUCAGUGAACCGGACAAAUUUGCAUUUGAGAUAAGUCGAGUGCCAGGCUUCAAGCUUCGUCUCAGAGCGCUGAUGUUGAAAGCUGGAUUUCAUGAGAAGGUGGAUGAGUUGGUGGGUUAUCUCAACAUGAUACAGCAAGCCUCCUCAGAGCUCAGACAAAGCCAAAAACUAGCCAAAGCUCUUGAACUUGUUCUUGCCAUGGGCAACUACAUGAACCAGGGCAACCAGAGGGUUGCUGGGGCAACAGGAUUCAAGAUCAGCUUCCUAAAUGAGUUGGACACAACAAAAACGUCAGACAACAAAGCCACAUUCCUCCAUGUAGUGGCCAAGGCCGUCCACUCCAACGUUCCUGAAGUGAUCAACUUCCGAGAUGAGAUUCCAUCGGUGCCGAAAGCUGUUAAGAUGUCUCUCAAGGCAGUCAAGGAUGAGCUUACUCAGCUUACGGACCAACUCAAUGACAUGGAUCGUGAGGUGGAGCGUUUCAACCAGGAGGAGAUCAUCAUCGACGAGGAUGACCGUUUCUCUGAGGUCAUGGCCGUCUUCCUCAAGGAGGCUUCAGAGCACCUCUCCAGGAUCCAUGAGCAGUACGCUCUCUGCUGUGACGACUUCUACAAGACGGCUCAGUUCUUUGGGGAGGACCCUCGCAGCAUGGAGAGCGCAACCUUCUUCAGCAUCUUCUCCCUCUUCAUCACCAAGUUUGCAAAAGCUCAUGCGGACAACAUGCAGAGGCCGUCAUGACAACGAAACAUAUCUGCCAUCAGCAAGUUACAUGUACAAGUACCAACGUCAACAUGAUCCAUGGAAAUACAGGCUGCAGAGUAACUAUUCAAAUCCAGUAUUUCAGUUCACAGACAUGUAUACCACAUUGGGGAGGAUUCUUCCCAAGUGGGUUGUUGUGUUGAAGUUUUGCAUUCGUGUGUUACAAAUUAUUGUAUGCCAGUAGCCGGCACAUAAGUGUUUGGUUGUUGCUAUGUCAGUAGUCAUAUGAAGCAAGCUAUUCCAGCUAUUACUUGAAAUGUCAACAUUAGAGAUGCAUACAUUAAUUUUGCCAUGUCAGACAAGCCUCAUGCAAGCUGAAGCACGUCAACAACAACCAUUGUGUAGAGGUGUGCUUGUAAUUUGAAAUUACAUGUAUACAUUAAUGUAUAGCUGGUCUAUUCUUGAAAGACAAAUUUGUGUGCUUAACGCCCGUCUGUACUAGUUUGGCCAGGGGGGAUUAGACCUCCCUGCAAGGUCACUGACAGGUGGUUAUCUCAUCAAAUACGCUCUCAAUUAACAUA